AUGUCCUCGAUAGUAACUACUGUGUUUAAUUCAUCCAUUGGGUGGCUUGUGAAUAAAGGAAGAAAUAUAGUAGCAGAAAAGCUGAAAGAAGGCGAUGUUACAGAUCAAAAGAUCCGUGAUUUGAUCGUGGGUGACGUAGAAGAUAUCAAGUCAAAGUUGGACGGCUUAUCAAUACAAGACCUAUUAGCUGCUGUAGACUUCUUUGAAACAGGAAUAAGGUAUCUUUUUGAAGCUUUACAUGUAAAACCCAUUGGUCAAGUUAGUGAUGCAACCGCAGAAACCAAAGUAAAAAUCGCAGCAGAGAAUAUCGAUGAACUUAGUUUAGCAAAUACAGUGAAGGCAAAAGUUUCCGUCGCUGCAGAAAUGCGGGAAAAGAGUGAAAAUAUCGAUUUCGAUGAAACAACAAAACUCACUUUUUUCGAGGCUGAAAAGAGAUUCCAACUGGCUCGUGAAAUGGCAACAAAAGCUUUUAACAACGAAGCUCUCAAGAUCUUUGACCGCAUCACAGCCAUUCGAUACCGGAUUAUGGCGACGAUGUUAGGGUCAGUUGCAAAAACAGCGGGAACCAUAGGCGACUUGUCGUCUUCUUCUGCAAAGAUUGCAUUGGAGAAUGCAUUACCAGAGUGUUAUCAGUGCCUUCAGAAACUCCACUCUGUUCGUGUUGUUCAGAGCUGUUUCGAAGUGCAAAUGACUAAGAAAGGUGUCCUUAACCUCAGGGGUCUGUUUGGUACAGAUGAGCGGAGGGAGAUAAUUUCCAGUGUUUGUCAAGUAAAUCGCGCCAUUUACAAUGUGACCCAAGAAGUGGGUAAGGAAGCACAUGCCUGGGUCUGGCCAUGUGUUUGUAUCGAUAAAGAUAAAGUUGACCUUCUGCGCGAUGGAAGAGUAUUACAAGUCAUGCGCGACCUCAACAUGGAGCACUGCUCUGUACCCUGGUCAUUUACACUUAGUCAAGAGGGUGAAGAAGAGCACAAGCUUACGUUUCCAAGUGCCAUUGCUACGAACAGUCAUGGGUAUUUUCUGAUAGUGGACGGUACGGAUAACGAUGUGAAGGUGUUUGAUGGCAACGGAAAGUGUGAUUUUAAAUUUAACGCCCCGCAUGAUGACGUCUAUAUAAAGAUUGUUGAUGUCGAAGUAGAUGUGGACGACCAAAUUUAUUUACUG